AUGGUGCUGCCGCAAACGGCCCGCCUGGCCAACGGUGGCUUUGACUACAACAUUGCCCUGGGCUCGGUCAAUCUGAGCGCCGCCGCUUACUGUGAUCCCUCUGUCAUCAAGGCCUGGAGCUGCCCCCCCUGCGUGGGCACUGGUCUCGCCCUCGAUGUCAAGGACGUGUUCCACGCGAGCGAGACUGACACCAACGGCUACAUCGGCAUUGACGAGGCUGGCAAGCGCAUCAUUGUCGCCUUUCAGGGUACCCACGACCUGACCCAAUGGAUUGACGACCUCGACUUUUUCAAGGCCGAUCUUCAAUACCCCGGCGCCUCGAGUGACGUCAAGGUUCACAGCGGCUUUUACAAGGCUUACCGCCAGGUCAAGCAAAAUGUGGACCAGGUCGUCAACCAAACCUUGUUCAACAAUCCCGAGUACACCAUCCUGGUGACCGGCCACAGCCUGGGCGCUGCCCUCGCCGCCAUGUGCUCUCUCGACCUGUCCAUCGGCCACCCGCAAGCCCGCAUCCUUCACUACACCUACGGCCAGCCCCGUGUUGGCAACCAAGCCUUUGCUCAAUUUUAUGAGAGCCAUAACCUUGCCCAGCACUACCGCAUGACCCACAACGAAGACCCCGUCCCCCACCUUCCUCUCGAAUCCAUGGGCUUUUAUCACAUCUCGACCGAGGUCUACUAUGGCGAGAAAUUUGAAGGCCAGAGCUCUCUCAAGGUCUGCGAUGGCAGUGGCGAAGACCCCAACUGCUCCAACCAGCACUGGACCGAUCUCAAAGUCUCUGAUCACCUCAACUACCUGGGUCAAACCCUGGACACGGACGCCUGCCACGCUUAGGCGCAUGUCCCUUCACACACAUACACACCCACCUUUUUGGGGGGGGACCUUUUUAUUGUCCACGCUUAGUCUAGCUCGAGUAGGGCGUGUUCGCCCUCUCCCCAUCCAUUUUUUUUAUCAACAGGUUUCUCUUUCUUAUUCCUUUCCCGUGGCAAUUGAUCUUGUUCCA